AUGAGAAGAGUCAUAGUAUUACGGUGGGCGUUAAUGAUACUUGGAUUGGCCAAAAUACUGGUGAUUGGACAGGACCACCAGAGCGAGGUCUCCACCCGCAUAGGUAGGUCAGAUAUCAUAGACAAACGAUUAGACGUAUCACAUUUACAAGAAGACAUUGAACUGGAGGUACCAACAAACCAAUUGCAGGAGGUUCUGGUUGUAACCACAGACAGAUUGGAGACAUCAAUAAUAAACAAUAGCAUUAGUGGUGCCUCAGACUCAGGAUCAAGCGAAGGAGACACCCCAGAAGGUAAAAUGUUAGAAACAGAGUCUGAUAGUACUAACAAGACCGAUGACGUAAUACAACAAAUGCAUGUUCAUGUCAACGAAGAUGGUCCUGACAAUCUUACCAAUAUAAUAUCCAAUGUGACAUUAGAAGACGGCGUACAUUUCAUGUCGUUUGAGGAAUGGAAGAAGCAGAAGCAAGCAGAGCUUAGCUCACAACAACAGCAAGCGGAGUUUAGUUCUCAGCAGCAACAACAACAGCAGCAGCAGCAAAAUCAACAGCAGCAAUGCCAACAGCAGCAGCAAUGUCAACAGAUGCAACAAUGUGAACAGAUGCAGAAAAAGCUGCUGCUGCAACAGCUGCUGCAACAACAGCAGAAACAACAACAACUACAAAAUGGUACGAUCCCAAGGAAUUGCUCUACUAAUUCCAAAGAGAAUUGUGAUGAGCUCCCAGCUUCAGAGAGCAAACCAGCAGCACCUCCUUCAGAGGACUCCAAGCCCAAAACAUACAAGAUGCUUAAUAAUUAUGCGUCUGCUGAUUGUGCAGCUACGAUUGUACAGACCAAUCAAGAUGCCAAGGGAGCAUCGUCGAUAUUGAAGGAGAAUAAAGAUACUUAUAUGCUUAACAAAUGUUCCACACCCAAUAAGUUUGUUGUGAUUGAGUUGUGUCAGGAUAUUUUGGUUCAAAGGAUAGCUAUGGGAAACUUUGAGUUCUUCAGUUCGAUGUUUCGACAGUUUAGAAUCACUGUUAGUGCCGAAUUUCCUUCCACAGAAUGGCAAUUACUUGGAGAAUUUGAAGCUGAUAAUAGAAGGACCGUACAAGAGUUUGAUAUUGCCAAUCCUUUAAUUUGGGCGCGGUAUUUGAAAUUGGAGAUCUUAAGUCAUUAUGGUAAUGAAUUCUACUGUCCCAUUUCAGUGUUAAGAGUUCAUGGUAAGACAAUGAUGGAUGAUUUCAAGGAGAAUACAGCUGAGAUUAUCCAAGUGGAACAAAAGAUUGAAGAAGUCAAAGGUAAAGAUCAACAAAAUAAUAAUAUCGAUGAUUACGCAUCCCUGACAACCACACCAACUCAAUUAUCUGAAGAAUGUCGAGUAGUAUUGCCUCAUUUAAGAGUCAAUGAGUUCCUUAAAGACUUGAAUACUUCUUCCUUUGAUAUUUGUUAUCCACAUGAUAGUCCUGUCGAAGGGAACAAUAUCAACAAUCCUGUUACAGUGUCCACCAUCACGAAUGAAGCAGUUAAAUCCACUCAAGAAUCCAUUUAUAAAACCAUAAUGAAGAGAUUAUCGUUAUUAGAGUCCAAUGCCACCUUAUCGUUGCUUUACAUUGAAGAACAAAGCAAAUUAUUAUCCAAUGCAUUUUCCAAACUAGAAUUAAGACAAGCUAAUCGAUUCCAGGCAUUACUUGAUUCAUUUAAUUCAACAAUGAUUGACCAAUUUUUCAAUUUCAAGCAAGCAUAUCAUAAUUUGGAGCAAAGAUAUUUUGACCAAUGCAAGGAAAAGGAUUUGAGAACUCAGUUAAUGUUAGACGAAGCAUUUAUAGAUAUCAAAUCUUUAACAGACGAACUUAAGAUCCAAAGGUUGAUAAUAAUUCUCAACAUUGUUUUUGUUAUCUGUUUAUUGGCAUAUGUCAUUGUUACAAGAGAUGUGGUGAGUAUAGAAAGCUCUAGUAGUGCUACUGGCACUGAUGCUCAUAAAUUGAUGUCUUCUCCAUUUAUUACAAGACCCAAAUCAGUCUUUUCAAAACCAAAGAAUAAGGAUAAGAAAACUACUAUAACAAAGAGUCACAAACUCUAA